GGGCCUCCCCCCGGGCGGACCCACGCAGCGGCGCCUGGGGGAGGCGGAGAGGAGGCUUGUCAACAUGACUGAGAGAACGGAAAGUCUCCAUUUCCAGUUUGACAACUAUGGGGAUUCGAUGCUGCAGAAGAUGAACAAGCUGAGAGAAGAGAACAAAUUCUGCGAUGUCACCGUCUGUAUAGAUGACCUCGAGGUCCACGGCCACAAAAUCGUCUUCGCUGCUGGCUCGCCCUUCUUAAGAGAUCAGUUCCUCCUGAACGACUCCAGAGAGGUGAAGAUCUCCAUCCUGCAGAGCUCGGAAGUCGGGAGGCAGCUGCUUCUGUCCUGCUAUAGCGGCGUCCUGGAGUUCCCCGAGAUGGAGCUGGUGAACUACUUGACGGCAGCCAGCUUUCUUCAGAUGAGCCACAUUGUGGAGCGCUGUACUGAGGCUCUCUGGAAGUUCAUCAGGCCGAAACAGAAGCUUGGAAGCAAAGAGGAAGGCCCAGCACGGGCCAAUUCCUCCCAGUCGAGGGAGACUGCAGGAGCCAGUGGGGGGGAGGAGGAGGAGGAAGACAACGAGGAGGAGGAGGAGGAGGAAGACUCCUUGCAACCUGAUUCGCCUUGCAUCCAGCCCUCUGAGGACAGCAUGGACGUGGACGAUAGUGAUAUCCAGAUUGUGAAAGUGGAGUCUAUUGGGGAGGUUGCGGAGGUUGGAAGCAAAAAGGACCCAAGCCAGUUUAUUUCCUCCGAGCAGCAGACCUCCCUUCCUUCCUCGGAGCCCCAGCACUCCCUUAUCAAUUCCACAGUGGAGAAUCGAGUCGGUGACCUGGAGCAGAGCCAGCUCCACAACUACGCCCUCUCCUACUCGCCGGCUGACAACCUCAUUGUGGCUUCCAAGGAGCUCUUUGGCCCCAGCAACCGGGGGGUGGACAAGGGCCUCCAGUGGCAUCACCAGUGCCCCAAGUGUACCCGCGUGUUUCGGCAUCUGGAGAACUACGCCAACCACCUGAAGAUGCACAAGCUGUUCAUGUGUCUCCUGUGCGGGAAGACCUUCACCCAGAAGGGCAACCUCCACCGGCACAUGCGGGUGCACGCAGGGAUCAAGCCCUUCCAGUGCAAGAUCUGCGGGAAGACCUUCUCGCAGAAGUGCUCUUUGCAGGACCACCUCAACUUGCACAGUGGGGAUAAGCCCCACAAGUGCAAUUACUGCGACAUGGUCUUUGCCCACAAACCCGUCCUAAGGAAGCACCUCAAGCAGCUGCACGGCAAGAACAGCUUUGACAAUGCCAACGAGAGGAGCGUUCAGGACACCGCAGUGGAUUUCGACUCCUUCGGCUGCAGCUCUGGGGCGGACUCAAAAGGCUGUCCCUCGAACGAAGCCAGCCAGGUGCUGGAUGCGGGGAAGCUGGCGCAGGCUGUACUCAGUUUACGGAGUGAAAGUGCUUGUGCGAAUUAAGGUGGGUGCCCCCAGCCUCUUUUUGGAAGACCAUAAAGAGCUGCGGUGGGAGAUGGCUUGGGCCUCAGCCCUGAAACCACUCUGCCGUUUGAGCUUGGGGGCUGAACCUAACCUUGUAGCAGGUCUUCGCCUCCUCCUUUAGAAAGAUUCGGCACGUUGGUUGUCUCUAAGUGACUUUGUCUCUCUUGCGAACAGAACCUCCCUCCUCGGAUGUUACAAGAGCUGGCACGGGGGAAACCGCUGGUCUGGUUGGCCUGCGUUUGUUAAGCACCGCCAAAAAGAAGCUACUUGCUUGUGAGCCAGCCAAAGGGGUCAAAACAGGAACAGAUAUGCCCUGUUGCGGAGGAGUUUUUAAGCUAAAGACAGGACUGAAUUCUUAGAAAAAGAAAAACACUGGAUAAUUAUAAGCUCUUUUUACUUCGCCUCUUGGUGGGCUUCUUGUUUUGUAUUCUUUAUUAAAACUGUCAGGUACUUGCCUUCUGCUCCUCCUACCCUAAAGAGGCAUCAGCUCUUACAUGGUUGUCCCUCAGUGAAUGACGUUCCUUUCCAAUUUUAUGAGGAAAGCAGCAGCAGGAAUUGCUGUAGAGCAGAACUGGGAGAAAUGGAUCAGCAGAGUGGUGGGAUGACCCUCACCUUUGUCUCUUUGCUCAGGCUCGUUCUUAUCGUACCCGCAAGAGUACGUUUCAUCACAUCCUUUGUGGAAACUGUGUGGUUAGGCUAGAAUGGUUGAAGUUUGCAUGUCUUUCCCUUUCCCAUCCUUGUUUGCUUGCCCCUGCCCAGGCAACUCCUUGCAACUAGAACUGGGUUUUCUCUGUAGCUGUUUCCCUUCUGGGGCUAGCAGGGCCUCGGCUGUGAACAAUUCCUUCUUUGUCACUGAAACCCAAGACCAUUUUUUCUCUAGGUUAUAUAUGGUGCUUAAAAUACUGUUGGCACUUGGUAAAUUGUUAGAAGUAAUGCAACAGAGGACAGGAUUCGUUUAGAAGGGUUUUUACUGUGUCCUCAGCACUGGAAACCUCUGAAAGGCACAGGAACCCCAGGGCAGAGAGUAGGUUCUUCUCCCACACUAACCUUUGGAAUUAUUCCCAGAGAGAGGAAUUCCUAAACGGUCAAAAAACAGUUAAUAGUUUAAGGUGGGUUAUAGCGUAUGAGCAGUAUUUUGGUUAUUACUUAUUAGCCAAUAUACUGGGGUAGAAGUCCCUGGGUAUCGUUAUAUUAUGGUGGCCUUUUUCCUGGGCUGAAAAGGCCAGGAAGCAGGAAAUGGGGAUUGUCUUCUUCACCAGGAAGCACUGGGUGCAGCUAUUUUUAGUGUUUUGGGUGACCUGCAGUAUUUACUUGUGAACAGUUUCCUCCUGAAAAAUGUGAUUUGGGAAGUGUUGAAAGCCUUGGGAAGUCUGGCUGCUCCAAAGGGACCUCCUAAGUGUUCACGUAUUUCAAGAGGAAACUCCUGCCUUUCUGUCAGAGAGAUUUCAGGCCAAGGAGUUUUGGAGUUGUGUGAAUGCAGCUUCUGCUUCAUACCCUGUCCUCUUCUUCCUCGCUCAUUGUCAUCUUCUGUUCAUCCUUAGAGGUCAGGAGUGGGUGAGGAGUAGUAAUUGUGUGGUAGGAAGGUGGGGGGGGGGCUCAAAUAUUUAAGUGAGCAGGUGGUGAAAUGCUGGCCCCUCAGAGGUAUCCAGCUUGAUCCCCUCUGUUGGGAUCUUGUGACUCCGUAGCAAUUGGUAGGUAGAACCACAACCAGCAAUGUUUUCCUUCCUCCGCCAGGGAUUCCCCAGGCAAACAAGGGGAGGAGAGCUGCCCCCCUCCGCAACGCUUUGCAGAUCUCUUGGGGAGAAGGAAAGCUGUUUUGACCUGUGAAUGCAUUCUUGUGUCCAAAAGACCACUCACCCUUCUGUAUGUGUACUGAGUCAUUGUGGUGGCUGCAGAAUAAAACAA